CUGCCCGUCCUGCUGGCCAGCGGCGAAAGAGUUAACCCUCCCAUUCCAGCCGCGGUGCAUGACGGGUAGGCGGCCGCCAUAUUGUCUCCCUGUGUGCGGCUGAAGGAGAGAGCGCGGCCAUGAAGCUGUUUACCACCGCCCGGUACCUGUCUGUAAGUCAGCCUCACCCCGAUACCAGCACCUCCCGUGUCCGCCCAGCCUGCCCUGGCACCCCGGGGGGGGGACUGGCACAGUAAGCACGGCUCCCAGUGUUACCAGGGAUACAGGGCACUGUGCCCAUACACCCCCCACCCCGGGUACUGCCUGACUGUCACCGUGACUGCCAGAGCCACACCGAGACCCCCGGGGGGAGGGGCUCCCUGACUGGGGGGGGCUGGGGGUCACAGGGGGUCCUAGCCCGGCUGGGAGCACCCUGAGUCUUGAAGGUGACCCCAUUGUCCUGUAUGGGAGCAGCCAUUCACUGUCACUGACCCUGCAUGCUGUCACCAGCAGCUUCUACUAUUACUAUCAUCAUCAUCAUUAUUAUUAUUAUUAAUCAAUCAAUGGCUCUCUCCAUGCAUUGCACAGGAUGUGUAUUGAUGAGAACUUGUUUUAGAAUGUUGGAGCACAAAUAACAAUGUCAUUAAUGUAUGGCCUCUCUGUGUCCUGCAUGCUGUCACCAGCAGCUUCCAUCAUUAUUAUUAUUAUUAUUAUUAAUCAUCAAUCAAUGGCUCUCUCCAUGCAUUGCACAGGAUGUGUAUUGAUGAGAACUUGUUUUAGAAUGUUGGAGCACAUAUAACAAUGUCAUUAAUGUAUGGCCUCUCUGUGUCCUGCAUGCUGUCACCAGCAGCUUUUAUUAUUAUUAUUAUUAAUCAAUCAAUGGCUCUCUCCAUGCAUUGCACAGGAUGUGUAUUGAUUAGAACUUGUUUUAGAAUGCUGGAGCACAUAUAAAAAUGUCAUUAAUGUAUGGCCUCUCUGUGUCCUGCAUGCUGUCACCAGCAGCUUCCAUCAUCAUUAUUAUUAUUAUUAAGCAAUCAAUGGCUCUCUCCAUGCAUUGCACAGGAUGUGUAUUGAUUAGAACUUGUUUUAGAAUGCUGGAGCACAUAUAACAAUGUCAUUAAUGUAUGGCCUCUCUGUGUCCUGCAUGCUGUCACCAGCAGCUUCCAUUAUUAAUGAAGGGCCUCUCUGUGUCCUGACCUGCUCAGCCAUCUCACUGUUUAUGUCCAAUAUCCCUAUAGACUGUGGGAAGUACACAUUUAUAGUCGGUGAAUUAUCUCAUGCCUUCAAAUGCAGUAGACAAGCUUAUUCACUAAAUUUGGGAAUUGAAAGUGAACUUCAGAUUUAAGGCUAAAAAAAAAAAAAACAUAGCAAACUUGGAAAAGUUGGCUAUUUUGGCCUAAAAUGUUGAAUUAAUUCUGAAUUCCUGACAAUUCACAGCCUGAGUAACCCUGAGUCUGUACUCCCUGAAGUGAGUUGUGGUAACAUGUGAAAGUAUGUGUUAUGAUUUAUAUACAAAAUAGUUUGAGUUCCCACUCACUAUAUGGCUGUUAUGGCUUGCAUUACGGGAAGGAACACUAUAGUGUCAGGAAUACAAACGUGAAACAUCAUUUAUGGCCCCCCAAUUCUGAUGAUCUCAGCCAAUCCAGUUGUUUCCCAUAAAAGCGCCCUUUGCCUAUCACCAUCUCCUCAUCGAGAUGCAUUGAAUAUCGGGAACGUUUAGCGUCUCCAUGCAGAGCGCCAUGAAGAGUGUGGGGAAACUGAACGUUAGUGCUGCAUGUUUUGUCAUUGAACCAUAAUUUGGAAGUCCAACAAUGGCUCUCCCAACAGUUGCCAUCUGCUAGGUGGUGAUUAAUGUCCUACUUACCAGUGAAUAGAAUAAAUGGCUCUUGUAUUUACUUUUUUAUAGGGUCACUAUAGCCACCAAAACAACUUUAGCUCAAUGAAGCAGUUUUGGUGGAUAUAUCAUGCCUCCUGAAGUUUCACUACCAUAUAGGAGUUAAAGGACUACUAUAGGCACCCAGACCACUUUAGCUCAAUGAAGUGGUCUGGGUGUCAGGUACCCCUAGUUUUAACCCUGCAGCUGAAAACAUAGCAGUUUCAGUGAAACUGCUAUGUUUACACUGCAGGGUUAAUCUAGCCUCUAGUGGCUGUCUCCCUGACAGCCACUAGAGGCUGCUUCCGCGAUUUACACUGAGUAAAUCAGGGCUUGACAAAUAUGUUUGGAAUCUAGGAGCCAGCUAAAGAAGUUAGGAGCCAGUCAUUUUCAACGAGAAAAUGCAAUUUUUAAAGGGACACUAUAGUCAUCAGAACCUCUACAGCUUGAUGUAGUUGUUCUGGUGUCUAGAGCCUGUCCCUGCAGGCAUUUCACUCCAAUCUAGUGCCCCCCAGGCCGGUGCGCCCUAAGGCGGCCACUUGUGCCGCCUUGCGGAUGCACCCAUUCAAUGUCGGUAUUGCCGGUGAUUAUCGGCCGAUACCGAUACAAAUAAAUCACUAGAGUUCCCUGGUAGCAGAUUAGGUCCCCUGCCUCCACCUGUAGGGAGUAAAUAAAGAUUUUACUUGCGUUGUUGUGCUAACAGUCCUGUUCUCUUUCAGAGGAGGCUUUACUCUUCAAAAGCUGCUUCAAAAUCAGAAACUGUGGGUCAUGCUCGUCUUUUUCCUGAGGAUAUUGAGGUGAGAAUACAUGUUAACUAUUGAAUAUUUUAACAACACCGUAUGGAGAGACAAGAAUAAAAAAGUAUAAUUAGGUGCUAAUACUCACAAGCACUCCCUCCAGUGCCUAAACAAUACUAUAUAAAAAGGGGCUUGUGUUUCUGCCAGAUUAUGCUUGUGGAAUUUGUGGUGACUUAUCAUUGUAUAUUUGAUUGCCUUACUUAUUGUCACUUUACUUUAUGCUUUAUGUUUGUUAUUGUGGUUUAAUAAAAGCAUUUAUGUAUAUACCUCUUUGGAGUUAUUUUAGUGUGCAAUCUUUUUUUGUAUUAUAAACUAUUCAAUAUUUGAAAGUAGAAUCUCUAUAUUUACUAAGAUGCAUUUUUAAAAAAUUAUUUUUUUAUUUAUUUUUUAAUCUAGAAAUUUUUUUGUUUUUAUUAGUUCCACCGCUUUGAUGCUGUUCCUCAACCUUUUGUUUUGAGAAGCUGUAGUACUCCUGGAUUUUGCAUCAAAAGGGCUAUGAGACUUAAUGAUUUUAUUUUUUAUUGUUGAACAAAAUGGGCACUAAACCCAUACCCUGUUAACCUUAUAACUUCUACAGUAACUAUAGUGGUAACAGUGUUUGUCUGUUUUCUAGGGUAAUUUAGCAUGUGUAUGUAGGGGAUAUGUAGAAUUUACUGGGCUAAAUCAGAAAGUGCACACCGAUUAGUUGGUGCUAUAUGCAUUUUCAUCCUCAACGUCCAUGGGGAUCUUUUCAGUGUCUUAUGUAUACUGGGAACUGACACACACCAAAAACAAUGUAAAAGCAUACAUUCAGUCUUUAUUCAGUUUUUAGCUUGGGAACAUCCCUUUAGUAUGCAUAGAGGUCAAAGUAAAUAGUAAUUUAUUAUGAACUUAUCUUUUUUCCUGCAGAUCACAAAACUGCCAAAUGGAGUGGUGGUGGCUACCCUGGAGAAUUACUCUCCUGCUUCCAAAAUUGGAGUGUUUAUAAAGGCUGGAAGCAGAUAUGAAAAUUCCAGCAAUCUGGGUGUUAACCAUGUGUUACGUCUUGCAAGUAACUUGGUAAGUAGUAUAAUGGCACCUAUUACACACUGUGCCAAAUGUUAGUUUGUUAAAGGGACACUCUUGGCAUUAAUGCAACUUUAAUACAUACAUAUGCAUAUUUAAAAAGAUGAAUUCCCAAGAGAACUCCCCAUGGGAUCUAUGCAGUCAAGAAAUGCACAGUGAACUUAUAUCAAGAAUUAGUUUAGGGUCUGUAAUGAAAGAAAGCCUGCUCCCGGCACCACUAAACAGCAUGCGAGGGAGCAGAGAAGAACUGCUGGAAGAUUAUUGCUUCCUCAGCCAGCCGCUCCAAUGUUCCCCGCAGUGGCCACCUUCAAAGCUCCCUUGGAGCGCCACCUUAGUUGAAAGGCUGACAAAUCCAAGUUGCCAUGGCGUCCUGGUGCAUGGGAUUUGUCGAGCCUUGAGUUAAAUGCCCUUUUAAAAAUUUUUAAAAAAAAUAAAAUAUAUAUUCUAUUAUAUUUGAAACUACCCCUUUAACUUUAAUACCAGGCUCCAAUAUUGCAAGAAAUAUGUAAGUUUCCAGUGAAAAUAUUUGGAUGAACAGUUAAUGUGAGUGGGGAAGUAAAUUAAGACUCAAACUUUAAAUAAGGUAUUAUUCUGUUAAGCCCCCAAAACAACUUUUAAAUAAAGUUGCUCACCCUUGAGAAAGUUAUAUAUAUUUUUUUAAUCUUUCUUAAAUUUAAGAUUAUCAUGAUGAUGCUGGCAGAUAUCGAGUUUUUCUAUUAUUGGAUAUAUAUUUAAAAGUAAAAUGCUAAUAUAAAAUAUGCAGUGCUGCUUCCUGGCCAGUGGUAAAAUAAAAUAAUUAUUGAUUUUAUAAAGUAUGCUUUCUUACAAGCACCGUCAAGUCCUCACUGAUUUAUUUCUUUAGAGUACCAAGGGAGCCUCAUCCUUUAAAAUAACACGUGGAGUUGAAUCUGUUGGUGGUGGACUGAGGUAUGUACUUAAGAAAUGGGAACAUGAUUUUGUUAUAGUUUGUCAUUUGUAAAUGCUGCAGAAGACAAAGCUAUAUAUUUUGUGGUCAUUUUGUAACUUUUACAUUUAUUAUUCAUCAACAGUGUGACCUCUACAAGAGAAAACAUGGUGUAUUCUGUAGAAUGUCUAAGGGAUUAUAUGUAAGUAUAAAUGCCACACAAGACACGUUAUCUUAUGCCUCCACAAUGUAGUGGCUUUCUUCUUGCAUCUAGAAAUAGUUUUCACCAGUUUUAAAUACGUUGUCUCUGGUUUUUGUACUUAACUUUUUUUUAUAUUUCAGAGAUGUGUGUGUGUGUGUGUAUGAUCUCUAUCUCUCUCUAUUUUUUUUUUUUUUUUUUUUUUUUUUUUUUUUUUUUUUUUUUUUUUUUUUUUUUUUUAUUAUUUUUAUUAUUUUUUUUUCUUUUACGUAGAUUAUGACCAGCGUUAAUCACCAGGACAUUCAAAUGUUGCCUCUUUUAAAAUGUGCAGCUCUUCCUGCAGCUUUUUUUUUUUUUUUAAUUUUAUUUUUGGGUGUAUGCUUGGUUUAUAGAAUUUGUAUAGGGGGAAUAAUAAUGCUAUCUAAAUUUGUAUUCAUUUUUUUUUUUUCAAAUCUUAGUUUUUUUUUUUUUUAAUACAUCAAAAUAUAUAUAUAAUAUUCUCUUUCUCCCUUCUCCUUAGUAUCAAGAUAGGCCAUCACAUAUAAUGACCAACCUCCACACACAUAAAAAUAUAUAGAUAAUACACACACACACACACACACACACACACACACACACUCUAAAUAUUAAAACAGACUGCUUAUCUCUAGAAAAUACUGAGAGAGAUGGGAUUGAAUUUUUCUAAAUUUCUCUUAAAGGGACACUCCAGGCACCCAGACCACUUCUGCACAUUGGAGUGGUCUGGGUGCCAACUCCCACCACCCUUAACCCUGCAAGUGUAAUUAUUGCAGUUAAUUAUAAACUGCUAUAAUUACCUUGCAGAGUUAAGUCCUACUCUAGUGGCUGUCACUAGAGAGACUUCUGUGUUCUUAGAACACAAAGUGUUUUAACCCCUUAAGGACCAAACUUCUGGAAUAAAAGGGAUCAUGAUAUGUCAUGUGUCCUUAAGGGGUUAAACGAAGCUGGACGUUAUCACGCUAUGUGAGGACCUCCAACGUCGCCGAAAUCCCCAUAGGAAAGCAUUGAUUAUUGCUUUCUUAUGGGGAGGUCUAAUGCGCGUGUGCGGCCAUUGUCGCGCAUGCGCAUUAGGUCUCACCCCCACCGGCUGACGGCGGGGGAGGAGAGUAGGCGGAGCCUUUCCCAGCGCUAAAGGACAUUGACGCUGGACUCCGUUAAGUCCAUUCAGCAACUUGGGAUGGGGGUUGGGGGCGGGAGGGAGAGGGGCACUGUAGGGUCCUGCAGUUUUCCUGGCACUGGAGAGUCCCUUUAACUAGAGACUAGAACUUUCAAACGUGCUACUGUUAAUCAUGUCCAGAGAUAUGAACCAUGAAGGAAAGUUAUAUCUACUACUAAAAUAUAUUAAAUACUUUUUGACCUUUUCAUUGACUUACUUCCUUAUCUUAUUCAAAUCUUUGCUUUAACUCCACCAAAUGUUCUACUGAGAUGAUUGAGGCUAGGUUUGUAUUUUAACAUAUUCUAUUAUUGCCUUUAGAGACACUGUAAUGGAAUACCUCAUUAAUGUGACCACAGCACCUGAAUUCAGGAGGUGGGAGGUGUCUGACCUCAAAGAGAAAGUUAAACUGGAUAAGGCUUUUGCCUAUCAAAAUCCACAAGUUGGUGAGUUUUACACUUAGAUAAAAGCAUGAAGAUGUGCAAAUUUUGUGAGCAUCUUAUUUAUUUAUUUUUUUAAUUAGGCGUCCUGGAGAAUCUUCACUCUGCAUCUUACCGAAACACACUUGCUAACUCUUUGUUCUGUCCGGACUAUAGAAUUGGAAAACUUACAUCUGAAGAGGUGAAAAAAAGUAGUAACAUGAAUUACUCUAAGAAGUCAGUAUGACUUACAGUUUGGGUCCUUAUAUAUGCUUCUCAGACCGUUUUAUCAAGAUUUAGGAUUUACCUAGUUGUUUUCCAAUGAGUAUUAUGAUCAAUCUUUCCCCAGAGGUGCCUGAGAGGUACUGACCUGAUAAAAACUUAAAAACACAGACCUAAACUAUUUCACCAAGGCUGUAUAUACCUCUCAAACUAUAAUUAUAUUUGGUCCAUUUGUAUAAUCAGAUCAUGCUAGGUGGCUGUUUAAAAUAACGCAUUCUUUGGAAUCUCCAUGGUCCUGAUUUGAUUCAAUUUCAUACAUCUAUCUUUGCAGUUGAUGGUCUGUAGGACACAUUAUGAUACCAAGAAUUCUUACACUUUGGCAGGAAAUGCAAAACUCCAUUUAUUUCAUUUAUUACUUUAAAAUCAAAGUCCAAUAGACUCCAAGCUAUUUUGAAACAAAAUAUUUCUUUAAACAAGCUGUAAGCACUCCCUAUUAGAAGUCAAAACAUUACAUUCACCUCUUCUUCUGUAUUUUGAUUUGUAUAUUUUUUUUUCCCCCCUCUUGUAGUUGCAACAUUUUGUACAGAACCAUUUCACAAGUGCAAGAAUGGCACUGGUUGGCUUAGGUAGGUCAAUUUCUCAGAACAGUAAUUGCGUAUGACAAAAGGUGUCAACAAUUGUUGGUUUUAAAUGUACAUUACAUGCAGAAAAACAACCGUAUUUGUGGAUCCAUGUUGAGUGAAAUAACUUGUGCGAUCUUGUAUGUAAGAAUUCUGUGAAUGUAUGGUAUAAAUCAACACUUUUAAAAAAAAAAAAUAAGACAGAAGUGACAUUCAGCAAACUAUCUCUUGGCAAACAAAAAUGUAUUGGGGGUUUGGAGUGUACCUUUAAAUCUAAACACAUAUGCCAAAUAACUCUACUGUUGUAUCUAGUCACUGUCAACUGUGUGUAUAUGAAAUUUGGAGGUCUGAAUGUGUCCCGUCAGAAAUGUGAACGUUAAAAUGUUCUUCUAAUUCUAUAAACUUGAGUUGCUUAAUCUAGGAUUAAUUUUGAAAUGUUUAAACUUGAAUAUAUUGUUGUAUAAUUGAGAGAACCACUUCUGCUGUGGUUAUUGCAUAGACGUUUUGUACAAUAACCCGAAAGCAUCAGUCUGUUAAGAAUCGCCUCCUUGUUUAAUUAUGACAGAAUAAACAUUUUAUAAAAAUUAUUUUAUUUCCAGGAGUGAGCCAUUCUGUCCUCCAGCAGGUUGGGGAGCAGUUCCUGAACAUUAGAAGUGGUCCUGGAUCUCCUAGUGUGAAAGCUCAGUAUCGUGGUGGUAGGUGGAUUUUCAUGUAUUUACAGUCCUCCGAUAAGCACCAGUUUGGCAAUGUUUUCUAUCAUGCUUUUUUGGUGUGUAAUAGAGAUGUGUAUCACACCAAUAUUAUGGUCUAAAAUUAUCAUUUAAAAAAAAAAAAAAAAAUGUCCCCUCUACUUCCAAUAUCAAAGUGUAAUACCAACAGUGAGAUCUUGUGCCUCCACAUCAAAUAUAACAUCUACAGAUUUCUGCAGAACAGGAUCUUUAAAGACUAAAUUAUAAAGAAUAACUCAGCAGGUUUAAUCUUUCAAUAAUUAAACAAAACCACUUUGUAAACUAUGUAUAGUGCUGAGCCAGUGUUUAUUACAGUGGAGUUUAAACAAUAACUGUUUUAAAGCUGCUCAAUGCUGUAGCUUUUAUACUAGUCUCAAAGAGCUGUACUCUGAGCCUGAUUUCUGCUAAGUUAGGCAGUGUGACCUCUUAAUGUUUUGUAAAAGUAAUGGUAGGGGCUGCACUCAAUCCCAGCAGGACCAACAAUCCCACAACGACAAGGCAACAAGACCUUUUAGCAGGUCGAAACUUUGCUGUUCUUUUUGUUUCAAUAAAACUGCCUGCAGCUUUAACACCUUGAGUGUUUAGGGAGUUUCUUUUGUUGCCCUGUUAGUGUUUUGAACAACUUCUGUGAUAGUGCUAGUCUGUGUCUUUUCUGUACUUGUUUGCAUUCUUACUGGUAAAUAUAUAAUCUUGCAGGUGAGAUCAGAGUACAGAAUGGUGAUGACCUGGUCCACGCUGCUCUUGUUGCUGAAGGAGCAUCUCUUGGGAGCCCUGAUGCCAAUGCAUUCAGUGUCCUGCAGCACAUUCUUGGUGCUGGUCCCUUCAUCAAGAGGGGAAGUAACACCAGCAGCAAGCUGUCUCAAGCCGUGAGCAAAGCUACCAAUCAACCGUUUGAUGUAUGUCAUGCUACGUAUUUCUUUAAGAUACAGUCCAGAGUUUUUUUUUUUUUUUUUGUUUUUUUUUUAAUACUGUCUUGUGUUUUAGGUUUCCGCAUUCAAUGUCAAUUACUCUGAUUCUGGUCUCUUUGGAAUCUACACCAUCUCCCAGGCAGCAGCGGCAGAUGAAGUAAGAUUUAAUAUGUUCUGUGGUUUUUAGUUUAAUUAUUUUGCGUUUGCAUUAUUCUAUUUAUUAUUAUUAUACUAUAUUGUUUUUAUUUGUAAUUGUACUGCAGCUAGUAUGUAGUGAAUCGCUGACCUGUUUUUGUGUUGAGUUGACCUAUUUCUUCAAAACUGACAUAUUCUUUAGAUAAUGACAGUGAUUUUAUUAAUAUCACAAGUAAUGUAAUGUGUAAAACCGCAAAUGGCCCAGUUUGUGAAUAAAAAGGCACCUUAGUCUGCUAGUUAGGUUAUCUGGUUUUCUGACAAACCUCUCAACCACCACCUUAUUGUAUGGGCAGACAUAGAUCAUAAAUUAAUGUCUAAAAGUGGACCAUUUAUCAUAAACAUUUGUUGUUUUAUAUUUGUAAGCAUUUUAAACCUUAUAGUGAAAUACCACAUAUAAUGGUACGGGUACGCUAUAUACAUUUCAAUCUCUUUUCAGGUUAUUAAGGCUGCUGUUAAUCAGGUGAAGGCAAUUGCACAGGGUGGCGUGACAGAGGCUGACAUUGCGAGAGCUAAGUGAGUCACUACUUUUAGAUGCCAAAUAACUAUUUAUUUAUUUUUUAUUUUUUUUCUUAUUUCUUUCUCCAAAGCAGACUAUAUUUAGUUUAAUGGUUAAAUAUGAUACAUGGCCAUUUAAAUUAUGGACUCACAAUACUGUAACUCUUGAUAUUUUUUUUUUUUUCAUCCACACUUUUUUUCCCCACCACAACUCUCUUGGUAUGUACUUUACAAGUGAUGCCAAGCUUCCAUAGCAAACCAGUAACCAACCUCAUGCUGAUGAGUUGCAUUAACAACAAAACAGCUGUCCAUGAGUGGUUCGCUGGCUUUGCUCCUCUUCCGAAUUGUGCUUCAAAGCUGUUGUAUACAGCAAACACAUACUCCAAGAAAUUCAUGUAUAAAGUGGAAUUAUGAGGCAAAAAUUUGGUUCUUUGUUGAGCUCAUUUGCAUACGCCUACCUGCAGCAGUGAGAGCACUGUUAAAGAGAGAUUUCUGAGGGAAGAGCAAGUCUUAUGGCUUGACUGGUGUGUGCAUUUGUGUUUAGCAAUGAUUCUAUAUAUAUAUCUCAUUGAGAUUUGAGAUUUCUCUUGUUUUCAAGUAUGUUAUAUGUCCACAAAAACUGCAUUGCUACAAUAUAAUAUUACAAAAAAUACAAUAUAUUUGGCUGAGUUAACUGUAUAGUCUAAUAAUGGCAAAAUUGCAAGCUUAUGUAGAAUUAGACUUUUCCUGGUGUAGAGCAUCAGUACAAGAGGGAUCUUCUUCCUUAAGGUGGACAAACAGCCGCUAUAAUUAAAUAUGUAAAUUAAAGAAAGAACACCCUGCAUACUUUUUUUUUUUAAAUAACCACAAGCAGGCCACAGCAUCAGUUCUUAUCGGCCCCGCAUGCAUUUGGAUUUUAAUAGAAGUUGACACGUUUAUAAAUUAUACUGGUUACAACCUCCUGUCUUUAAAGCAGUCAGCGGGUCAUGUUACUUCCUAGUUUGGAUAGAUCAGUGGGCAGCAAUACUUCUCUUUGAGCUGCAUUUAUAAGUCUGAGCAGGGUUAGAAGGGGAGGGCUUGCAAAUGCUGCAGACUAGAGGACAGGUUUUGCGAUAUGGUUUUAGAUAUACCCCCAGUGAAAAUGCAUCAUUAUAUGCAUGAACGUUCUAAUUUGUGGGGUAUAUCUACUAAACCGUGAUUUGUAUUUGGGCAGUGGAGUGUCCCUUUAAUGCCUCUAGCUUGUAUUGAAUGUGCCAUUCCCCCGCCAGACUGCUGUAAGAAAAAGAUUUGUAACCAAUGCUAAACAAAAGGAGAUGCCUACUUUUCUUGGGUGCAGGAAAACCUCUCAGACUCUUGAGGCAUUUAAAUAAAUAGCUGCUAUAUCAAGAGAUUCUGCAUCUGUCUGGGACUGAGUCAAAAAAGGCAGGGGUCCUCUUUAUCUUCUCACUUGUCAUCAGGCGAAUGCUCACACACAUUUUGGUCAGGUACAUUUACCCAUGAGUCGACUUCAGAUUCUGGUUUUCUGGAAGAGGAAUUAAACAAGUUUGCUAAAGAGGUGGAGAAUAUUAUGGGGGGAGAUGAGACCCUACAGAAAAAAGGGAAGGGUCUCGCAGUACAUCCAAGAUUUUCAAACCUCAUGAAUCAGUAAUGGAAAACCCCAGAGAAGAGAACCUGUAUUUCAAAUAGAUGUUCAAGUUACAAGAUUGACAGCUGGGAAGAAUUGAUGUGCAUGUUGCACUGUUAUAAAAAAAAAAAAAAUUCCCAUUGCAGAAGUGUCUGGGCACAGGGGCCCACUAAACAAGUCAGCAGAGACCUACUGCAGGAGAACUUUUCAAGCAGCAGCCUUCCGAUGUAAAGCCAACAUUUCGGGAUCCUCCUUAGCCAGAGCGUAGUAACACUCUGUGGAAGAUUGUCUCCUAGCAGGAAAGAGCAAAGAACUGAAUAAUCUCCUGAAAAACUUCAGAUUGGCUAACACAUUUUUAUGUGACAUGACCAGGCCAUGGGUCUCUCAUCUGUGGCGAAAAGAGUGAUCUGGCUAAAAUCCUGGACCGCAGAUCCCUCAAUAUAAAAGAGGCAAAUGAAACAGUCGGUUCUUUCCAUGCACACAAAGAUCUUGCUGAUAUAAUGAUCGUUUUCACAGCUUGGGUAGGAAACUGCAGGUCCGGUGAGAAACUGACACAUAACCGGCAAGAUAAAAGGAGAAAAUUAUGAUGCUAGACAAAGAGUGUGGGAGAAAGAUUGCAAGCGUUUAUUCAACAAUGGGAACAGACCACUGAAAAUCCUUGGGUGUUAGACACAUUCGAAAAUGGGUACGAAAUAAGAUUUCUAGAGGUACCAUCUUCCCAGUUCCUUUGUUCAACUUCCAGUUCUUAAGUGAAGACCGAUGCUUUAUUAGUCAAACUCUGGUUCUGCUCCAGAAUUGCGUCUUAGAGAUGGUUCCCAUGCUACAACAAUUUCAGGGAGUUUAUUCAAGACCUUUUUCUAGUUCUAAAACAGGACAGCUCCUUUCAUCUUGUUCUAGACUUGAAGAAGGUAUAUACAUUUCUUCAAUACCAAAAAUUUUAGAUGGAGACAAUAUUUUCUGUCACCCAUAUGCAACAUAGGACUACCUCUACUUAUGCAGACAGUUCAGAUAUUCCGACUGAUGACAUGGCUGCUGCAAGGUUAAUAUAUAGGAAGCAAGGACUGGAGGAACGUACAUAUAAUCUACUGCUCAUCUCAACCAGAAAAUUGACAUCGAAGAUCAACUUAAAAAUAUGGGGGGGGAAAGUUUCUCUGGUGUAAUAAACCUGGCUACAGUUGUUUCUCCACCAAUUCACAUUACUCUUGGAUUUCUGCAAGAUGGCUUUUCGUCAGUUUUCAGUGUGGUUAAUUUGAAAGUUCAAGUUUCAGCUCUUUCAGCCAUUUUCUUCUAAUAGAUUUGGAAUCCAACAUUCGGAUCAGAAGAUAAAUAAUUUUUUAUUUAUUUUUUGCCACAUGACUUUAAAUGUCACCAUAGAAGUCUGUUUUCCCAACAUAGGAUCUGCCGCUGGUACUUAACUCUGUGUGUGAAGCUCAUUUUGAACCACUGGAUGAAAUCUCCUUUAAGCUCUUAUUCCUGAAGAGUGCUUUUCUAGUGGCUAUUACAGCAGCCAAAAGGCUAGGCGAACUCCAAGCUCUUUCAUGUUCUCCAAAUUUUACAGUUUUCCACCACGAUAAGGCUUCCCAAAGCAAAUAUCAACCAACCCAUUAUUCUGCCCACUCUGGCAAUGCUAAUCACCUCUCGCUCCUGCAGUUGCCAAUCUGCACUUAUUAGAGGUGCAGAAAACACAGAAGAUCUAAAUUUAUCAUUCUAGUAUAGAUAUCCCUAUAUAUUUUCUUGCUACUACUGUUGCAGUGGUCUGCGUGUGGUUAUUUGAAGUAUGAGGGGGCGGGUUAAUCUUCUUAAAGGAUCACUAUAGUGUCAGGAAAACAAAGUGGUUUUCCUGACACUAUAGUGCCCUGAGUGUGCCCCCACCCUCUGGGUCCCCCUCCCACUGGGCUGAAGGGUUAAAACCCCUUCAGCAACUUACCUUAAUUCAGCGCCAGGCUCCCUCGGCGCUGGUGACCUCUCCUCCGCUGCCGACGUCAGCGGAUCCGAAUGCACUUGCCACGCACGCAUUCAGUGUCCAUAGGAAAGCAUUUGUCAAUGCUUUCCUAUGGACGCUCUGCGCGAUGGAGGCAUAAUAUGCCUCCAGCGUCGCAGAUGCGCCUCUAGUGACUGUCCGGAAGACAGCACCUAGAGGCUGGCUUAACCUUGCAAUUUAAACAUAGCAGUUUCUCUGAAACUGCUGUUUGCAUCUGCAGGGUUGAAACCUGAGGGACAUUGCACCCAGACCACUUCAUUGAGCUGAAGUGGUCUGGGUGACUAUAGUGUCCCUUUAAGUAUGAUUUUUGUAUGUUAGACACACCUGUCAUCACAAUGGACUCCUCUGAGGUCAUGGUCCUAUCAUGUUUUUACCACAAACUCCCAUUUAUGGGUCCUGAAUACAGCCUUCCUAUUUUCCUCUGUUUUGGCCUUUCAGUUUGGAUAUCCGGUCAUUACAAUUAAUGUUUUGUAAACACAGUCCAUUUUUGUGAUUUCUUUGUUUCUAGAAACCAGCUCAAAUUCCACUACUUGCUAUCUGUGGAAAACUCAACAGGGCUGCUGAAUGAGAUCGGUUCCCAGGCCUUGGUAUCUGGUUCAUACACAUCACCAAAUGAUGCCGUCCAGCAGAUCGACUCUGUGACCAGUGCUGAAGUUGUAAAUGUGAGUGAUUUGAGGAUAUUCUAAUUUGACACCAUCUCCUUUAUAUCAUUGUGUUUUUUUUUUUUGUUUUUUUUUUUUACUAGUUUACUAGUUGUAUGCCAAUGUUUAUUAGAAGAGAAAACACUUUGGCUGCAAACUUAAACACCUACAAACAGCCACUCAGGGGUAUCAAUACAUAGUCCAGAGUUGACGUUGUGUUAUAUUAUUAUUUUUUUUAUUUAACAUUCCCACUUGUGGAAUUAUUAUCCAGGUAGGAGGUUUGUAAUAAAGUUUGGAUGUUUUGGCUAGGUUUAACCCCUUAAGGAUGGCGGGCUUGCGUUCUUGGGGACCCGGCUCUAAACGCGGGCAGCAUAAUACAUCCCCAGCAUCCAGGGGACUUACCUGCUCGCUGGCGAUUUCCAGUGAGCCCCCCCUGCCUCUGAACAGGACCUCACAAUCACAUGGACGGAAUAGCUGUCCAUAGAAGUGCCAGCAGGGGGAGUGCCUGGAAUGACAGGUAGUCCCCCUGCUGCCUGUAAAAAGCUAAAUAAAAGUUAAAACCGUGUAAAAUUAAAUAUUUACUUAGAUUUAUAUAUAUAUAUAUAUAUAUAUAUAUAUAUAUAUUAUACACACAUACUGUCUAAGUGUAUUUUAAUUAUAUAAUAUAAAAUAUAUAAAUACGUUAAAAUAAAAAAUAUAUGUAAUUUCGUUCUAAUUGUAUUUUGAUAUUAAUACAUGUAUAUAUCACUAUAUAUAAUAUUUUUACAUAAUUAAGUCAUUUCGUUAAUUACAAUUUGCGGGACCUGCCUGAUAACCCAGGCCGAAAGUCCAGAGAAUUUAAUUUGCUAUCACUACAUUUAACCCUGUAACUUUCCAAGACACCAUAAAACCUGUGCGGUGUACUGUUUUACUCAAGAGACUUCAGGGUUAAAUAUAGUGCUAGCAAAUUAAAUUGUAAUUAACAAAAUGACUAUAUAGUCAAAUAUAAGGCUUGUGUGUCAGUUUUUUCGCAUUGAAAUUCACCAGAUUGGUUACGUUGCCUUUGAGACCAUAUGGUAGCCCAUGAAUGAGAAUUACCCCCAUGAUGGCAUACCAUUUGCAAAAGUAGACAACCAAGGUAUAGCCAAAUUCCAAGUUUUGUUUGUUUCAUUUUGAUCAAAACGUGUACAUUUGGCUCAGUCCUUAAGGGGAUUAUAAAAAUUCUUAUUCAUUUUUUUUUUUAAAUUUUUUUAUUUAAGGGAUGGAUUAAAAUAUGUUGUGUAUUACGAUGAAGGGUAACUGAUUUCCGGGUAGGGUUGGUCAAUUAGGUUUUUGGUUCUGACUUUGAGAUUGAGGUUACGAUUUAGGACUAAACUUUGAAAUGUUGGUGAUAAAUAUUUUAAUUUAUGAUUUACUAAUUUGUGCCAAAUUAUUAAGAACUUUUUAGUUGUGUGUGUGUGUGUGUGUAGUCCAUGCCAAAAUAUUGGCACCAAUGAUUUCAACUAGCAAUGUCAUAACCCUUAGAUAGCAGUCACUUGCGUUGGGUGGCUAGCAGAGCAUUUCCGGUUUACCUGCAUUCUGUAAAUGGAAGUGGGUUCAAUAAGAUCUGCCAUGUCACUGGUCCCAGUUACACAACUUGUUAUGGCCUCUAUCCUGUUGUUAUUGCUCUAAUAAUGCUCACAACAAAAUCAUCUGUACCUAGUUCUAGCAUCUAUCUAUGCUAAUCGUGAUUGCAGGUUAUUUAUUUAAGCAGAAGUCAGUUUGUACCUUGUUAACAGUGGCUGCAGUUUUCAUUUUGUAAUGUUUGUUUUUCCCCUCUUUUAAAGGCUGCAAAGAAGUUUGCAUCUGGAAAGAAGUCUUUUGCAGCAUCUGGAAAUCUGGAGAACACUCCGUUUGUUUCUGAUCUGUGAUAAGUUGGUUCAUUGGAACGCUUUGAUCACUAGUAAACUGUAAUAAGAGAAGAACCCCCUACAACAAUGCAUAAUCUAUAUUAUUUAUCGGAACAUGAUGCUAUCACAGCUGUGGAGGGGGAGUGUUGGAAGGCAUUACCUACAAAUAAAGAUUUAAGUUUCUAUUACUAUUGUAACCAACAUUGUCCUUAUUUUCUUCCUUGUUGCUCA